CCGACCUGCAAUGUGCGACCGCGUAGGACUGCAAGCAAUGUGAGUUCCGACCUGCAAUAUUAUAAGCGACCAUCCCAUAACCCACGCACCGCCCGAUUACGAAUACAGUGCCACUUUGCGUGCGUCUGUUACAUAGUCUGGUACCUGCUGUCCGAUUUGUCCGUCAUGCGAUCAACAAAGUCAGUCAAAUUUUAAUGUUUUUGAGUUCCAGGAAUAAUCUUUUGCACAGCAGUUCCGGCAGAUCAGGCAGAUCAGGCAGUUCCGGCUUUUACCAAUUGCCGGCAAAAGACCGCAAACGACAGUUGAAUUUCUAUCUAAAAAACUCUAAAUUCUCCUCUCAGUGACGAUGUUUCGACCAGGGCUCACAGUGACAUCUCUCUGUAGGUUAUUUUCAACCUCAAACAUUGUUCUUUCAACCUCAAAGAAAAACCUUCAACAACUGAGAAAGAAGACGGGCUUCAGCUUUGCCAAUUGCCGAAAGGCACUGGACAAAUUUGGCAAUGAUCUCAAACAGGCAGAAGAGUGGCUCCAGGAGCAGGCGCAGAAGGAAGGCUGGAGCAAGGCCACUAAACUCAAAGGGAGAACAACCACCCAGGGUCUCAUUGGCGUCAUGCGCGACGGGAACAGCGCCACCAUGGUGGAGGUCAACUGCGAGACAGACUUUGUCGCAAAGAACAGUGAAUUCCAAGGUUUUGUAGGUCAAGUUGCUGUUGCAUCAUUGAAACAUUUCGUGGAACAACAUGCCGAGAUGAAAGAUCUCACUAGUUUUGCAAAGACAAUCUACACAGGUGAAGAUAUGCAGAAAUUUGCACUUGAAGAUCAGAAAACUCUUCAGGAUAUAACAGCCAUGACCAUUGGCAAGAUUGGAGAAAAUAUGACACUGAACAGGUCUCUGUGUCUAGUUGCACCAAAAGACCAUUACUUAGGAACGUACAUACACUCCGUCCUCCAGUCGCAGCACAAAAGCAAAUGUAUGGUCGGUAAAUACGGUGCCCUGGUCGCAUUCAAGAAGACCGAGGGUGGAACCAAGGAGUUCCGACCUGCAGACAUCGGACGUCGUCUCUGUCAACACAUUGUAGGAAUGAGUCCAGUCACGAUAGGGGAGUUUGCUGAAGUUAAACCUGUAACACCCGAAGCACCACCCAAGAUUGAGGAGCUCAAGCAACAUGAGUCCGAGCAAGAUGCUCCGCCCGAGAAGGAACAGCAAGUGGAAACGGAGAUGCUGAAACAAGAGUAUCUCUUGGACCCGACCAUGACAGUCGGCGACCUCGUCAGGCAAGAAAACCUCGAGAUUAUCGACUUUGCACGGUUCGAGUGCGGAGAGUCGGCUGUGGGAGAGACAAGUCAGUGAGAUUAUUCAGAGUGAUUGCUUAAAAGUGCUAAGCUAUUUUGCCGCCAAAUUCACUUUCAUCAAAUAAAAGUGUUUUCUCAAGAGAUUUUCUUCCAAGAAAGAAUCACAAGAAAAAGUAAUUUCAGUGUACCCUUACACGAGGGGCAGUGUAUUGUUGGAUAAUUCAAAGUGUGAAUUAAUUCCCAUACUUUAGUUUGAACAUGCAUGAUAUUUUUCCGACUAUGAUUUCCCAUUUUCUUUUACUUUUAAAAGAAAAUCAAUACCCCAAAAAAGUCUAUUAAAGCCUCUCACAGAUGUACAUGUUGGUUAGAUAAUAUUUUAAGGUUUCCUAAAGUUUCCUUCCAACAUUUGAUUGCAUGGAACUCGUAUUUGAAAUUAAUGAUCAAUCAGUGGUUUACAUUGCGGUGGGAAGCAAUGCAAGUACGAUCCAGCUCGUUGGACUACGACUAUGACCUUUGGUGUUUCAACUGACGUUGUCUUUCACUUACUCCGAGAGGACCAAAUAGUCCCGAGACAUUUCAGUAACACCAACCCCAAUCAGUUCAUAUGACAAAGUGUAUUUUGAGUUGAUGUGUAUUUUAUUUACCCUAUAUAUAUACACACAAAGGGCUGUCGGAACAGCAAAAUACCGGUACAAUUAUAUAUUUAUUUAUACAGUCAUACAAAUUCUACAAAAUAAUACAUUAUACAUUUUAAAACAUGAUCAGCCAUUUGAGUGGAAUGUCAAAUAAAGUGUGAAAGAAGACUCAAGAAUUUUACAAAAUGUAUUCUUGUUCUGUCUGAUAGUCAAACUUAAAGAACUCUUCACCAUUCUUGUUCUAAUAAGUAAGGAAAAUACUGUAAAAAAUGUCUUAUAAGUUUGUACAUUGAGGUCCUUUGGUACAAAUAAUAAAGAAAAAGUAAUUAUGCAUAAUGUAUUUGAUGUGUCUUUUACUCGAUCUUAGUCAGUAUGGUGAUUUUCCUAAUUU